AUGACUCCUGUCAAUUUGUUAGAACCAGUUGCAUUUUUUGACAGUACGGUGAAAGAAGCUCACACAUUCAGGUCAAAAUUGCACCAGUCAUGGGAGAGAGACACCAUCCGGCUUAGUCCCGCCCAAAUCUCAGCCGGCGCUAACACUGAACUGAUCUGGGUGCACCCUGUCGCACAUGGGAUCAAAGGCAAGCCGCUUCAUCUAGCAGUUGAGACUCAUUUCAGUUUGGAAGGGGUGAGGUUUCAGGGCACCUGGUUUCAGAUCAGCCCCAAACACACUCACCUCGUAACGUUUGACAAUGGCUCAGCGAUCCCUAACAUGCUACUGAAGGAUGUUCUAGAGCCCAUCACUCCCCCAAACAUUUCUCUGUCUUUUAAACGUCUGGAUGAGGAGGCUGAGGGAGAAUACCAACUGAAGAUCAACAUAUUUAGACCUGGCCAGAAAGAGCCAUUAACUGUCACCAAGAAUGUGAUGAUCACAGUGAAUGUGCCUCUAUCCACCCCUGUGAUUCUGAAGAGCCCUAAAGGUGCAUUGGUGGAAGACCAGGACAACGUUACUCUGACCUGCUUUGUGGAAAAUGGAACUAAAGCAAAGUACCAGUGGUUUAAAAGCAACAUGCUAGUCAGCCCUAGUGAGCACCACAUGUUCUCCCAAAACAACGGCACCCUGUUCAUCAACCCUGUAAAGCAGCAGGAUAUUGGAUUGUACAGCUGUGCAGUAAAAAACCCCAUCAGCCAUGCUCGAAGUAAAGAAGUUGAGAUCAGUGUGUUCUAUGGCCCUUAUAACCUGGAAGUGAACUCAGACCAGUGUCGGAGAAUAGGAGGAGUAUUCCAUGUAAACCAAGGUGAGCUGGUGUUUUUUGAGUGCCUGGCUGACUCAAAUCCUCCCAACACCUGCGUGUGGAUUUCCAAGAAUGAAAACGGUACAGAAGUGAUGAUGACCGGCCCUCGUUUUGAGGUGGCUGCUUACAAUCUUGGCCAAGCUACAGAGUUCUGGUGCAGGGCCGUCAACAACAUCACCAAUAAACAGGAUGAAGCUCAUUUCACCUUGGUGGUGGCCAAUCUGGGCAAAGAUAAAGAAAAGCGCAUCCAGGAGGGAAGUAUCGUGUCUCCUUUAGCUGGCAUCAUAGUCUUGUCACUGCUCAUCAUUGUGUGCAUGCUAAUUGUGCUCUUUAGGAAGUCCUGCCAUCCUCAAAAAGUGUUGAUGAAAAUCUACAGCAGGCCAAUCCCAGAACAGAAAGGACUCCAUCCCUCAGGUCAUGAGGAUGCUACUGAAGAUUUUGGCAUCUAUGAGUUUGUCUCUAUACCCGGAAGAGCUGAGUCGAUCCAGGCAUCAUGCAGAUCUUUGGCACGGCUCGAUUCAACCAGGGAUUUGAAUGCCACCAUCUAUGAUGUCAUUAGACAAGUUCCAGAAACGCCAACGCUGGGUCUGCUGAAGUGAAAGUCUGUGAGGUUUAAUGUGAACAGGAAUUGGUGAAGGACGUUUUGGUAGAAGUGUUCCUGCAGAGACUGAAAUAGCACAAUCUUUUGCUGGCGAUGCUGGUCAAUGCCAUCACUUCUUUUUUUUCCCCCCUAGCCCCACUUGAAUAUUUGUAGCAUUUUCUAUCGACCCAUUUGCAGAUCCUAAAUG